AACUUUGAUCAGUUACGAUGCCGGAGAUUCCAGCGAAGUCAGCGGCCAAGAAGGGCUCGAAGAAGGCGGUGGCCAAGACCGCCGGCAAGGGCGGCAAGAAGAGGAGAAAGACCCGCAAGGAGAGCUACGCCAUCUACGUGUACAAGGUGCUGAAGCAGGUGCACCCCGACACCGGCAUCUCCUCCAAGGCCAUGGGCAUCAUGAACUCGUUCGUGAGCGACAUCUUCGAGCGCAUCGCCGGCGAGGCCUCCCGCCUGGCGCACUACAACAAGCGCUCCACCAUCACCUCCAGGGAGAUCCAGACCGCCGUGCGCCUGCUGCUGCCCGGCGAGCUGGCCAAACACGCCGUGUCCGAGGGCACCAAGGCCGUGACCAAGUACACCAGCUCCAAGUAACUGACGCUCCAACCACCGACCAACGGCUCUUUUAAGAGCCACACACUCCGCCUGAGAGACACAACCGUCCUGAUAUUAAUAUUAAUCAUACACGAAAUAUACGAUAGAAAUUUACCCUUAGUAAUGGAGCUAUCGAAUUAUUACUUUUUUCUACGUCCUUAUCUCACAUUUACUUAUUACAAUAAAAUGCUGGGAUUAUACAUCUUCAUAAACAAGUUUUACUAUUCCAAUACAUAUCAUUUAUCUUUCUCAUCCCAACAGAAGCAUCUGAUGAAAGUAAUAAACCACACUGGUGAUGUA